CUAUAUAAUUUCCCAAAAUUUCUCAAACCUUCUCUCUCUCGCUCUUUCUUCUUCUUCUUCCCCUCUCUCUCUCUCUCUCUCUCUCUCUCUCUCUCUCUCUCUCUCUCUCUCUCUCUCUCUCUCUCUCUCACAAAGAAAUGGAGAAAACCCAUCUGCAGCGUGAUCAUCAUGACGAAGAAGAAGAGGGGAAUAAGGGGGAUCCAACUGCUGUAUGGGAUUGUGAUAGUUCACUCUACGACUCCUUCGAGCUCAAAUCAUUCAAGCGCCAACUCGACUCCGCCAUCUCUUCUCGCACUCUCUCCAUGCCACAUCUCUCCCACCACCACCCUCCUCCGCCCCCCGCCGCCGCGCCCAAAAAACCCUGGAAAAUUUCCCGGUCGGUCAACCGGCUCCUCCGGUCAGUUUUCCGCGUAAAGCCUCAGCCCACUACGACGUCGUUUCUCCGGGUGCAAGACCAUCAUCAUCGACCUCGAGAUGGGUUUUACGUUCUCUGCGACGGGUCGGGUUCGCUCACCACGAUUCCCGAAGUUCCCGAAACGGGUUUGGACUACGGCGGCCUCUCGCCGGAGUUGAACUCUCUGGCUAGAAGAACGGCGUCGGAUCGGUUCAUGGCGGCCGGUGCCGUCGGUAUCUACUGUGCUUAAUAAUUAAUCUGGUACCAAAUAAUUAGCAAGUAUGAUUAAAUAAUUAUAUCAUAUGUGAUCGAUCAUAUCAUGUUUUAUGUACAAUUAAUUGCUUAAUUGCAAUUCCGAUGUUCAUACAUAAUACAUAUAUAUAGUGAGUAAUUAAUUUAUGGUGAAGCAUAUGUUGACAGUGAUCAAGUAAUGGAGUUGUUUCUCAGUUUAUUUCUGAGUUUUUGCAUUCUAAUUUUGUAAACCACAGUAGUGCUCUUAAUUAAUUUAUAAAAACUGAUCGAUCUGGUCAAACUUUGGUUGUGAA